UUCUCUGGAUGCAUCGCGAUCGCUCAGAUCGCUUAAAACAGCCGGUCUCGAUCGUCGCCGGCCACAGUUUACGUAGGACCUCCCAUCGGGCAAGAUGGGACUUAAGGAUAAUGUGAUGGUGUUUAUGGCGGCAUUCUAUGCCUUGAUUGCAUUAGCGAGCGCGAUCGAUGAUGGUGCAUCACGUCGAAUGGUGUGUCACUAUACGACCUGGUCCCAGGGUCGAUCUGGAGGAGCAUCCUACCGUGUGGAGAACGUACCGGGAAAUCUAUGCACACACGUGGUAUACAACUUCAUCGGUAUCGAUGAAGAUACGUACAAACUGGUACCGCUGCAACGAGAAAUCGACAUCGUUCAAGAUGGGUUCGGACGGUUCGUUGAUCUGAAGAAGACUUAUCCUGAACUUAAAACAACGAUCGCUGUUGGAGGAUGGGGGCACGGUGGGGCUAAGUUCAGCAAGAUGGCUGCUUUUAGGGAUCGCAGAAAGAUCUUCGUUCAGAGUGUGGUGAACUUUUUGGAGGAAUACGACUUUGAUGGGCUGGAAAUUGCAUGGCUUUAUCCGGGUAAUCCCGAACGAGGUGGAAACAGUAACGAUAAAGACAACUUGAUUUAUUUGGUGGAGGAGCUGAAACGAGCUUUCCAGUCUCGAGGAAGAGGAUGGGAAGUAACUGUACAAGUACCGUUAGAUAAAACCAGAUUGGCAAUCGGAUACGACAUCGAAGACUUGUGCGAUGCUGCACACUUUGUCCAUCUUAUCGGAUACGAUAUGCGAGGAUGGUGGAAUAAUUUCGCCGACGUACAUAGCCCCAUGGCUGAUCGUUCCCACGAUGUGGCAAACUUCCGCGGAAUCAACGUUCGGGACGGAGUUCAACAUUUGUUAACUAAUCGUUGUACACCUGGCAAGAUGGUUUUGGGAGUUGCUCUGUUCGGUAGAACGUACAUGUUGGCCAAUUCCCAGCAGAACAGCAUCGGUUCGCGGACGACAGGUCCAGGGCCGGCGGGCACCUACACUCACGAGGCAGGAUAUCUCGGAUACUGCGAAAUUUGUCGCAAGUUUCUUUCCAGAUCACCUAUAGCACAAUCCCCGUGGCCAAAGCUGUGGGAUGACGUAGGUCUGUGUCCUUAUACCUACCGAGGACGUGAAUGGAUUGGCUAUGAGGACGAACAAUCGCUCCAGGAGAAAGUUAAUCUAGUCAAAGAGAAGCAGUUGGCCGGAAUCUAUGCGUUCUCGCUGGAUUUGGAUGACUACCUAGGUGACUGCGCGAGUGAGCCGUACCCGCUGACCAGGAAGUUGUAUGAAUAUGUUAAAGAGACGAAAGAUUGCGGAAAUAUCGGAGGAUUCUUCAACAGGGACGAGUGCUGAUACCGAGUAUUUGGCAUUUAUAUACAUAAUAAAACGUCGAAAUUCCUAUGAAUUAA